CUUCUUCCUCUGGGUCUCAGCUGCUGCUGCUGCUGCUGCUGCAGGCCUAUGUAGAUAAACAGAGGCGACAGGCGGGCAGUCUGUCCACUUUGGCAUGGUCAGAGUUGGUGUGUUCGGGAGGUAAAAGAGGAAGACUUUCAGCUGCAGUGAUGUGGAUCACUCCGGAGGAGGUGCUGCUCGCUAACGCGCUGUGGGUCAGUGAAAGGGCGAACCCCUUCUUCAUUCUUCAGCGGAGAAAGGGACACGGCAAAGGAGGAGGCAUCACUGGCCUUUUGGUCGGUACACUGGACGUUGUGUUAGACUCCAGUGCUCGUGUGGCUCCAUAUAGAAUCCUGCACCAGACUGGAGACUCGCAGCUCUUCUGGAGCAUCGCCUGUGGUUCUUCUCGUAAGGAGAUAACAGAGCAUUGGGAAUGGCUUGAGACUAAUUUACUGCAGACUCUGUCCAUCUUUGACAAUGAUGAUGACAUCACUACUUUUGUCAAGGGCAAGAUUCAGGGCAUCAUUGCUGAGGAGAACAAAAGUCGUCAGGCACAGGAAGAUGAGGACUGUGGUAAGUUUCGGGAAGCAGAGCUGAAGAUGCGGAAGCUGUUCGGGAUGCCUGAGGAGGAGAAGCUGGUGAACUACUACUCCUGCAGCUACUGGAAGGGCAGAGUGCCACGGCAGGGCUGGCUUUACCUGUCCGUCAAUCACCUCUGCUUCUACUCCUUUCUGCUGGGGAAAGAAGUGACAUUGGUGGUUCAAUGGACAGAUGUGACUCAGUUGGAUAAGAAUGCUACGCUGGUGUUUCCUGAGAGUGUGCGCGUGAGCACUCGAGACACUGAGCAUUACUUCUCCAUGUUCCUCAACAUCAAUGACACUUUUAAAUUGAUGGAGCAGCUGGCUAACAUCGCUAUGAGGCAGCUCCUGGACAAUGAGGGCUUUGCUGCUGACCGCAUGCUCCCCAAACCUUGCAAGACCUUGAAAAACGUCUCUGCACUCAAGAGGGACUUGGAUGCACGGGCAAAAAACGAGCGCUAUCGAGCUCUGUUCCGCCUGACGCAGGAUGAACGGCUAGAUGGACACACAGACUGCACCCUGUGGACUCCUUUCGCUAAAAUGCAUGUCGUUGGACAGAUGUUUGUUUCCAACAACUACAUCUGUUUUGCCAGUAGAGAGGAGGACCUAUGUCAGCUCAUCAUACCACUCAGAGAGGUGUCUAUAGUAGAGAAAGCUGAUAGCAGCAGUGUUUUGCCCAGUCCGCUGUCUAUCAGCACUAAAAAUAAGAUGACCUUCCUGUUUGCCAACCUCAAAGACCGGGACUUCCUGGUUCAACGCAUAUCUGACUUUCUGCAGCGCACUCCUGACCGGCUCUGUGGCCUCACUGGACAGUCUGAAACCCCAAGUCCCAGCACUCCUACUUCUCUCCCGCCAACUCCACCAGUCCUGGGAACAGGGGAGCUCCCUCUGGUCCAACACUACAGCUCCAGCCUCCCUACAGCAAAGCAGGGCCUGCUCAGCAUCUACCAGAAGGACCAGACUGAAGAUCUGGGGCCUAAAGCGACAAAAGAGAAGAUGAAAGAAGAGUCUUGGAAUAUACAUUUCUUUGAAUUUGGGCGAGGUGUGUGUAUGUACCGCACGUCUAAGACGAGAGACCUGGUGCUGAAAGGGAUUCCUGAGAGUCUGAGAGGGGAGCUGUGGCUACUUUUUUCAGGUGCUCAGAAUGAGAUGGCGACUCACCCGAGUUAUUAUGCGGAGCUGGUUGAGCAAGCGAUGGGUAGAUGUACAUUAGCAACGGAGGAGAUUGAGAGGGACCUGCAUCGUUCCAUGCCAGAGCACCAUGCUUUCCAAAAUGAGAUGGGCAUAGCUGCUCUCCGACGUGUACUUACUGCAUAUGCCUACCGCAACCCGGGCAUCGGCUACUGUCAGGCCAUGAAUAUAGUAACCUCAGUAUUGUUGCUGUACUGCACUGAAGAGGAGGCGUUCUGGCUGCUGGUGGCCUUAUGUGAAAGGAUGCUGCCCGACUACUACAACACCAGAGUUGUAGGAGCACUGGUGGAUCAAGGUGUGUUUGAGGAGCUUACACGGGAGUGUUUGCCGCUGCUAUACGAGCACAUGCAAGACCUGGGUGUGAUUUCCACUAUCUCUCUAUCCUGGUUCCUCACACUCUUCCUCUCUGUCAUGCCCUUCGACAGCGCCGUCCUGCUCGUCGACUGCUUCUUCUAUGAGGGUAUCAAGGUCAUCUUCCAGGUGUCAUUGGCUGUGCUUCAUGCUAAUAUGGAGCAGCUGCUAGCCUGCACAGAUGAGGGAGAGGCCAUGACCAUACUGGGCAGGUAUCUAGAUAAUGUUGUGAACAAGCAGACAGUGUCAGCACCUAUCCCUCACCUCCACGCCCUGCUGACCAGUGGAGAUGAGCCACCUCCAGAGAUUGAUGUCUUUGAGCUCAUUAAAACGUCCUAUGAGAAGUUUGGUAGUCUGCGUGCUGAUGUCAUUGAGCAGAUGAGGUUCAAGCAAAGGUUAAAGGUCAUCCAGUGUUUAGAGGACACAGCUAAGAGGAGUGUGGUGAGGGCCAUCAUGACAGAGUCUGCCUUUGCUAUUGAGGAGCUUGAGGAGCUUUAUGUUCUGUUCAAGGCCAAGCACAUAAUGAGUUGUUACUGGGGGGCAAGUAGCACUCCUGCAGAGCGCCAUGACCCAAGCCUGCCCUAUCUGGAGCAGUACCGGAUCGAUUCUGGUCAAUUUGGACAGCUCUUCUCAGCACUGUCUCCCUGGAGCUGUGGCAUGCACACAGCCACGCUCUCUGCCCGCCUGUUCCGUCUGCUUGACAGCAACAAAGAUUCCCUCAUCAACUUUAAAGAGUUCGUCACCGGCCUCAGUGGGAUGUAUCAUGGCGAUAUGACUGAGAAACUGAAGCUACUCUAUAAAUUACACCUGCCUCCAGCUUUAUGUCCAGAAGAGGCAGAGUCUGCGCUCGAGGCCACUCAGUUCUUCACCGAUGAUGACACACCACAGGAUCCUCCCUCCUUGUCUCAUCUGGACUUCCUGGUCCAGGAAGUGACCUCAGGUGAUGAAGUAAAAGAAGCGAAGGAGGCGGGUGAAGCAGGAGGAGACUCGGAAGACAAGAAGGAAGAGAAAAUCAAGGACUAUAAGUAUUACCUAAGAAUGUGGGCUAAAGAGAAAGAACCUAAGAAAGAGACCAUCAAAGACUUGCCCAGAAUGAACCAGGAGCAGUUCAUUGAGCUGUGCAAGACACUCUAUAAUAUGUUCAGCGAGGACCCUCUGGAGCAGGAGCUCUAUCAUGCCAUUGCUACAGUGGCCAGUCUGCUGCUGCGCAUUGGAGAGGUGGGCAAGAAAUUCACCAACAAUGGCAGCAAAAAGCCUGAACUCCAGCCUCUUCCAGCGGAAGACGUCCCACAACAAGAAAAAGAGGACUCUUCUGGGGAGGGUGGACAAUCCCUCGUAUCAAAAGCUCUGGCAGAGGCCCAGCUAGAUAACCCAACCCCACCAGCCAAUGUGUCAGAUGAAGAAGCGAAGGACGACACGUCAAUUUCAUCAUAUUCCGUUGUCAGCGCUGGCUCUCUGCAGUGCGAGGACAUUGCAGACGACACUGUUCUGAUUGGCUGUGGAGUAGGCGGAGCUAUAGGUGGGAAUGAUUUUAGGCGGGGCAGUGCACCAGAUGCCGAUUGGUCGAUCUCGUUUGAGCAGGUGCUGGCAUCAUUGCUAACAGAACCGGCUCUGGUAAACUACUUUGAGAAGAAACACGACAUUAAAAGUAAGAUGGCUGCCUGUAAGGCCCAGAGAGCUGUAGAAAGACAGAUCAGUUCAUCCAGUGACCAUGAGCUAGCUCAACUCUCCACUUGAGAAUACAUACAACCACGUACUUGCACAGAUACAGACCAAGCAUGUGUGUUUUUUCAGAUGAGAGUUUGCCCAAGAAGUUAUUCAUGAUUAUUAUGUUCACACAUUUGACUCUUGUGAGCGCUAACCUUUUAAUGUUCGCUCUCAUUCCUGUCACCUUCACACCAUGUAGUGAGCCUUAGUUCUCAGCAGUUUUGCUCAUUUGCUCUUUGUCCUCCCAGGCAAGCACUUUUCAACAGCUACAAUCUACUUUAGAUCUUAGGUCAAUCCUCACUCUGUGUCCCUAGGCUUCUAAGAGGCCAGUGUUGAGCUUAUGUCGCUUUUUGUGUUUACUGCUGAAUAGGGUAUGUGGUUGACCUGAGGUCAGUAAUUGUUAAUAGAGUUUACCAUUGGACCACAGAUUUCAACAUGUAGCGUUAGACUCCAAACAUGCACAUUUUAAGUUUUAAUGACUACACAUUUGUGAUGGAAUUAUAUCAUCUAAAUAAGCAGGAUGAAACCAAAUACACUGCUGUUCUGUUUAAAAUGUUUGGUUUAAAAGAUAAGCAUUGCUUUAUUCCACAAUUACGUGUCUUCUGCAGGUAUCUUCCACUAUGUGUCAUAAUCAGGCGCUGAGUUUUAAAAUAGGAAGUGUCCUUUUUGAGAAUAGGGUUUGUUAAACUCCAGUUCUUUCAAAUCCCUCUGUCACUUUUGUCUUUUGUCCCUCCACACUUUCAGCUGUGGUUCAGGGCCAUUGAAUAUAUAUACAUAUAUGUGUGUGUGUGUGUGUGUGUGUGUGUGUGUGUGUGUGUGUGUGUGUGUGUGUGUGUGUGUGUGUGUGUGUGUGUGUGUGUGUGUGUGUGUGUGUGUGUGUGUCUGUGUGUCUGUGUGUUUAGCAGCUUUCUCCUCCAAAGUACAUCAUUGCCUUACUGAAAUGAUCUGGUAUGGAUGUGGAUAAAAGUUCUGUUAGUGAGUUCUGUUGCGUGAGAAUUCUUAGAGGGCCAGUAGCUAGCAACUGCCCAUUAGCAUUACAUUAACAAUGUCCUUUAAAUAUGAUAGCAACUCUAAUUGGACUGCUCACCUCAGCUUUUAUUUCAUUUUAAAAUUACUUCUUGAACCUAGAUUGUUUUAGUUACAAUAUUCUUAGAACACUAGUACAUUAAGCAAGUGCAAUCGCAAAAAUAUUUGUAAAUUAUUUUCCCUAACUACAUUUCCCAGAAUUCAUUAUUGUAUUGCCUGCAUUGCAUACAAGUUCAAAGAACAGAACAUGCCAUUUAGCCAGGCUUACCAAACCUAGAACCAGUUGCAGUCCUAGAAUUUUCAGCCACUGCUCUUUUUUUGGCAUAUUCUUAGUUAUCUGACUGAAACAGGAUCUUCUAUUCCAGACACUUUAUCAUGGCUGUUGCUUGCCACCUAAUUUAAAGUAUAUGCAAUGUCUCUAAGCACUUGGUAUUAGUUGUCUCAAACUGUAAAUAUCUGCUUAUUUCCUUAUAUGACCUGUUUUUAUUGUUCAAUCUUUAUGUAGUAAUGCAUCUGUUUGCACUGUCACAAUGCUUUUGAUUUUUUCUUCACUCAGUAGUUUGCCCUUUUUUUUUUUUGUUACCUUUAUACUAAAUAAAUAUACCUUAGUCUCUAACCUGAUAUAAAUGAAGUCAACUACACUUUUUCAUUUAAAACUGCUUAUAUUGACAUUCCAUUCAGAAACACCAGUCUGAUCAUCCUCAUGGGGUUGCUAGCUUUAAACAGACCUUUAGUGGACCCUUAGGUGGCCGUCCAUGUCCGAGGAAAAGAUGUCUCAAAGCUGGCCAUCAUGCAUCCUUUCAAAAUAAGACCCACUUUGUGGGUGAGUGGAUUCUGAUUGCAGCCAGCACAGUCAUUUAAUAGUUUCCAACAUUAUAUGGCUGGCUGCACUAAUAUGAGACCUCUUGUUUAGUUCUACUAGGUAUCCACUACAGCUGCACAAUGUUAUUUGCUAAUCAUUAUUACACUAUUGGCAGAUAUAUUGUAGAAAUCUGCAAAUGCAAAUGAGCCCAACAACAUUUCUGUCCCCUAUGAGCAACCAGACCAAUUUUAAAUGCACCAGAUGAGCAGUCUGUGAAUGUUGUGAUUAAUCAAAGCACUCAUAUGAUCCCACAAACAUUACAUAAUGCAGGCACACUGUUAUAUCAAGGGCUCACCAGUAUGUUUUCAGUAUAUUGUGAGGCGUGUCAUAGUAUUUUGUCCACAUUGAGCAACUCUAAACUCACCCCCUCAGGUACUGCCUGCUAACUAGCAGAGCUAUUGGCAGAAAUGUUUCCCCCAGAACGGUGCAGAUAACUGUAUUCUGGUCAAAUGGAUCGCAGAGAAUGAGAUUCAGAAGAAAGGUUGAGAUCAGACAAUAUUGCGGAUCCAGACGGAUCAGGGCUAGAGAGAGGUAGAAUAGUCUGAUAUGCUAAUAUGGUUUACGGUAAUAUGAUGUGUAUAUAUCCAGUUAAUCCUCUAAAUCACUACUAAGCAUGUGUACAUGUGCAGUUUGAGCAGAUCUUUACUAUCAAACUCUCAUUCUGUGCCUGUGAACUGUAUUGUAAACAUCUUCCAACAAACCAAGUGUGUGACUGCUUCAUUAUUUUCAUGCUGCACUGUGAAAGUAACCAGAGUCCUUUGCUGAAUCUGCUUAUUAAUGUAGAAAGAAAAGAUUUUCUGUUUACUUCCUCUUACUGAAUUUCCCACAAAUGUUUGUCUCAGUGAAAAUAAGUAUCUAUAUUCAUAAUGCGCAUACAGUAUUUAAUCCAUAUAACUGGUUAUUUGCUCAUUCAAAUUUUUGUUUUUAAAAUUUGUCAUUGAUCAGUACUGUAUUAUACUGUGUAAUAAACUAUGUAUAAACAAA